AUGCCCGGACAACGGCUACUUCCCUGUACCAAGGAAGAUGCUGCAAUACUUUCGAAGGCGGCGCCGAAGUACCCUUCUCCCCAGGAGGUGGAGGGAGGGAUUAUUGUGCGUAUAAUAGCGGCCAAAGAUGUACAGAGGGUUACUUCUCCUGUUUUGAGGGUCGUGCGAAACCGCCAAUAUGGCAUUCGCAAAGGGGAGAGGCUGAAACUGGCACUGGGUGGGGUUCUAUUUAGCGGUUUGUUGGCAUCACUCGGCUUCUGGCAGCUUCGUCGCAUGCACGAGAAGAAGGAACUCAUCGAAUAUAAAAUGAAACAUUUGGCCAGACAGCCAGCAGUAAUAUCAUCAUCGCCAUUCCCGUGGACGCUCGAAGCUGUCGCGAAUGCCAGAAAACGCAUGCAGAACCAGAGCUCUGAAGACGAGUGCUCAGAAAGCAACGUGGCGGAGACUCAGCCUGGGCGGCCAGCUGGCAAACUGCAAACAAAUACGCUAUCACCGCGACAGACGCCAACAGAGAGGACUGCACAGCGCAGUGACGAGGCGACGGCUGUUGCGUCACGCGUUGGCAUAGGUGAUGGCGGAAACAGCCGCGGCAUUGACCAGCACCAAGAAAGCGUAGCGCAAUCUUCAAAAACGCGGAUUCAAGGCAGCGGCCGGCUGCUGGCUACCACAUGCCCCGAAGACGUUGAAGCGUCGGUGACAGAAUGGGCGUACACGCCAGUUGUGCUUCAUGGAGUCUUGGACAGCAGCACUGAGUUGCUCGUUGGGCCACGGCCUGGGCUUGACGUGGGGAACCCAGGAUACUGCGUGGUGUCACCCCUGCGGCUAAAGGAUGGAUCUGUUAUACUAGUAAAUAAGGGUCACUUGCCCACGAAACUUGCGAAAUUGCCACCAUAUCCGAAGUCGGUCGACGAGAACGCUGCGCUGCUUGCGAUGGUGCAACGGCAACGGAGGCAGCAGCAACAGCGAACUCCGCUUGAAGAUGUAUCGGCAGAGCAAAUUGACCACCAAGUGAGGGCGAUGCAGCAACAGCGCCCGAAGCAAAACUACGUGAACUGCGGUGCACAACAAUACCUAGAGCAUCUGCAGCAGGUGGCUGGAAGCCGGAUGGAAGUAGUCGGCCCCGUGACUGUGCGCGGCAUUUUAGAGCCAGGAGAAGUUGCGAAUUCGAGUUUCAAGUCUUUGAUGCUGAGGAACCGUCCCCAUGAGGGCCAGUUCAAUGUGCUUAGUCCAAGAGAUCUUGUCGAGGCUACGCCAGGCAUUCCGAACGUCGCAGAGGCUUCUCUCCUAAUGGUAAAUGCAUACUCCAUAGUGUACGAUGAGGACCUGCUGCAUCUAUCUACCAGCUCUAACGACGCUGACGUAGUAGGAGUGGCGAACAGGUUUAUGAGCUACGAACAGAAGAAGAAGGAUGACUACCUGCUGUUUUACGCUGACGAACAUACACACUUUAACUACGCCUGCCAGUGGUUCCUAAUGGGGCUGUGCACGGCUGCAAUGACUCUUUACAAAAUAAUAGAGGUGUCCAGAUGGCGAUGGUAG